AUGAUCAAAGCAGAAUUGAUUGAUUCCAAGAAAGAUCAUCCCAAAAAUAUUAUGCAUGAUAUUUUAAAUAUUAUCCCGUUUAAUAACCGCUAUAAAAAUUCGUAUUUAAAACUUGCUAAACAAAUAUCUGAUGAUUAUCAUGUAAUAGAUGUCAGAAAUAUUCCAAUUAUUUCUAAUUUCCUAUUUUAUAAAGAAUAUGAAAUUCAUUUAGACAAAUCUAAUGAAAUCAAAGACAUUGAAUCGGAAAUCCAAGAUAUUUAUUCAGAAAAUACAAUUUAUAAAGCAAUUAUGGAUAAUGACAAAGAGAAAUUCAUUGCAUUCACAGAAAGAAAAGGAUUUGAUGCAUAUAAAAGGCUUGUAAACAAUUUAUAUCCAACUCCAGUUAGAGAAUUUUCGUUUAAACAUGGAUUGUCAUUACUUGAAUUAUGUUGUUACCAUGGAGCAGUUGAUUGCUUCAAAUUUUUAAGAACGCAAUUUAACUCAAAAAUAACUGAAACAUGUUUACAUUUUUCAUUUUUAGGUGGAAAUCAAGAAAUCAUAAGUGAAUGUUUGAAAUAUCAAAAACCAGAUGAAGAAUGUAUGAAAUAUGCAAUAAUAUCACACAACAUUGAUUUUUUCACAUUCUUGAUGAAUGAAUACAAUUUAGAGGUCAAUAUCGAUUUUUGUGUAUUAUAUAAUAAUCUUGAAUCUUUUCUUGUAUAUUUUGAUCAAACUAAUGAUGUUAACAAAUGUUUUGUCUAUUCAACGAAUUUUGAUAUUCUAUCUCUUUGCAAAUAUUUCCUUUCAAAUGGUGCGAAUGUCAAUGAAAAAAAUGAAUAUGGAAAAACAGCUCUUCAUAUGGCAGUUAUCAAUAACUAUAAAGAUAUUGCUGAAUUACUUCUUUCAAAUGGUGCAAAUAUAAAUGAAAAAGACGAAGACGGAAAAACAGCUCUCCAUUUUGCAGCAAUCAAUAAUAGUAAAGAAAUGGUUGAACUUCUUGUGUCAAAAGGUGCAAAUAUAAAUGAAAAAGAUGAAAAUGGAAAAACAGCUCUUCAUAUUGCUACACUCAAUAAUAAUAAAGAAAUAGUUGUACUCCUUCUUUCUUAUGAUGUGAAUAUCAAUGAAAAAGACAAAGAUGGAAAAACGACUCUUCAUAUUGCUGCAAUCAAUAAUAAUAAAGCAAUAGCCGAACUUCUUCUUUUGCAUGAUGUCAAUGCUAAUGAAAAAGAUGAAGAAGGUGAAACAGCUUUUCAUAAGGCUGCUUAUAAUAAUAGUAAAGAAAUAGCUGAACUUCUAAUUUCACAUGGUGCAAAUAUCAAUGAAAAAAAUAGAUAUGAAAAAACAGCUCUUCAUUUAGCUGCACUCAAUAAUAGUCAAGAAAUAGUGAAACUUCUUCUUUUACAAAAUGUAAAUAUCAAUGAAAAAGAUAACAAGGAUAUACAGCUAUUCAUAUUGCAGCAAUCAAUAGAAGUAAAGAAACACUUGAACUUCUUCUUAAACAAAAUACAGAUAUCAAUUGUAAAUAAAGUGAUGAUAACUAAUAAAGCUAAAUAUAAAUAUCCAAAAUUGUCUAACUAA